AUGUGGGAAUACGACUUGGAAGCCAUUAACAAAUAUGUGGACGAGAAGUUGCUGCGCGACGAAAUGUAUUCGAACACGACGAAGGACCCCACGAGGUUGAAUAUCAUUAAACCGAUCAUCCCCCAGCCGACACGCCACAUCAUGGAUCUCGUGUUUCUCGUGGCGGGUACCACUUCGAAUGCCUUGCUCGUUCUCGUUAUCCUAGUCAAUUUUUUCAUGCGCACCACCACCAAUUGCUACAUAAUAAGCCUGGUGUGCUCGAACUUAAUAAUCCUGAUCGAACCGCUUCAGCAAAUGUUCCGCUGGAUGUUCGGCGUGUACCUCGGCAUAAAUCUCGACUACGUGUUUUUGGUGACCUUCGAUACGUCCGUGCUGACGAUAGUUCAGCUCAACAUCGAGGCGUACGUGGUGAUCUGCCACAGAAGUUCGCCCCUUUGCGCACCGCUCCUGAAAAUCUCCACGGCGGUGAAGGGCGUCUUGCUCAUCUGGAUAAUGUGCAUCGUACUGACAUGCACGGAAUUGCACUUGUACGAACACUUCAUGAAAGAGAUCAUGCACGAUAUCUGCCUGUCCUCCACCGCUAUGUUCAUAGCGUUCCCGUGUUUUAUUUUCGUUACGCUCGAAUGCUUCAUUCUAUACGACCUGAUAACGAUGAGAUCAAUAGACGGAACGUGCUCGAGCGAAGAUAUCGAGCGUUUCGUCCUGCUGGCCGGCAUCACCGUUGGAUUCGUUCUGUUUAUGAUACCGUAUCGAGCUGCGAGAUCCCUCGCCCUUGUAACAACAUUUUGCUGCGACGACUCGACGAUAGAGGUGGUUUAUGCGAUGGUUAAAAUGUACACCACAAUUUUGCCGUUUACGUGUUACGCGAUAUCGGCGAAAUUCCGUCGAGCGCUCGAGGUUCGUAGACGCAAGUAG